GCUCGCACAGGCCCGCUCGGCGCGGAGGGAGAGCGGCGGCGGCGGCGGCGGCGCCGGGAGCGCCGCGGCCAUGAACGCGGAGAACCAGGGCUGCAGCGAGCGGCUGGUGACGGCGGCCUAUGUGCGCCAGGGGGCGCAGGGCCGCCGCGCGCACGAGCUGCGCCUGCGGGCGCUGCUGGAGCAGGGGAAGUGUCCUGAAGAUGGAUGGGAUGAAAGCACCAUUGAAUUGUUUCUUCAUGAACUUGCUAUAAUGGAUAGCAAUAACUUCCUGGGCAACUGUGGCGUUGGUGAGAGGGAAGGAAGAGUGGCGUCAGGUCUUGUUGCCCGAAGGCAUUACAGGUUGAUCCAUGGAAUUGGAAGGUCAGGUGAUAUUUCUGCAGUACAGCCCAAAGCUGCAGGUUCCAGCCUUUUGAACAAACUUACGAAUUCAGUAGUUCUGGAUGUUAUAAAACUGGCUGGUGUCCGGACAGUGACCAGUUGCUUUGUGGUUCCUAUGGCAACAGGCAUGAGUCUAACUCUGUGUUUUUUAACAUUGAGGCACAGGAGACCAAAGGCAAAGUACAUUAUCUGGCCACGUAUAGACCAGAAAUCUUGCUUUAAAUCAAUGAUAACUGCAGGUUUUGAGCCUGUGGUGAUAGAAAAUGUAUUAGAAGGUGAUGAGCUACGGACAGACCUCAAAGCAGUGGAGGCCAAAAUCAAGGCUCUUGGUGCUGAAAAUAUUCUUUGUGUGCAUUCUACAACAUCUUGCUUUGCUCCAAGGGUACCUGACAGGCUGGAGGAGCUGGCUGUAAUUUGUGCUAAUUAUGACAUUCCACAUAUUGUCAACAAUGCAUAUGGAGUUCAGUCUUCAAAAUGUAUGCAUCUUAUCCAGCAGGGUGCUCGGGUUGGCAGAAUAGAUGCUUUUGUUCAGAGCUUGGACAAAAAUUUUAUGGUUCCAGUAGGUGGUGCUAUCAUUGCUGGCUUCAACGAGUCCUUCAUUCAGGAGAUCAGCAAAAUGUAUCCAGGGAGAGCAUCUGCAUCUCCUUCUUUAGAUGUCCUCAUUACACUUCUGUCUCUGGGAACCAGUGGCUACAAAAAAUUACUGAAAGAGAGAAAGGAGAUGUUUUCAUAUCUUUCAAGUGAGCUGAAGAAGCUGGCAGAUAACCACAAUGAGAGACUGUUAGACACACCACAUAAUCCCAUUUCCUUAGCCAUGUCACUGAAGACUCUAGAUGAAACCAAUGAUGCUGCUAUUACCCAGCUUGGAUCUAUGCUUUUCACAAGACAAGUUUCUGGAGCAAGGGUUGUUCCCUGUGGGUCUGUACAAACUGUGAAUAACUACACUUUUAAAGGCUUUAUGUCACAUACAAAUGACUAUCCUUGUGCUUACCUCAAUGCUGCCUCAGCAAUUGGAAUUAAAAAGCAAGAUGUAGAUGUAUUCCUGAAAAGACUUGACAAGUGUUUGAAGACUUUUAGAAAAGAAGCAAAGCAAGAGAAAAGUAUAAAUGAAAUCAGUGAUGCUAACGCAGCUACAGAACAACUUGAAGAGUAGGAGAUACAGAUUUAGUAACACAGGAAGAUAAGGUUUUGUCUGAAGUAUGUCAGGUUUGUAUUGGGUUAGGACUAUGCAUCUGCAAUGCAGAAAUUUAUUCUUGAUCUUAUGUUCUUUUUACUGAAAACAGUAAUAAAAAUUUGGAUGGAAUUCAAGAAAGUAGGUGAUACUCUCCAAGAACAAAGGACCAGAGACAUGUUUUUUGCAAUGUAUGAAAUGCACUUAAUAUCUGCCAAAGUAAAGCUUUAUAUUCAAAGA